AUGGAAGUGAACAAUGGAAAAUACACAUCCUUCUGGUACGAUUCUUGGUCUUCUCUAGGUUGUCUCAGAGAAUUACUUGGAGAUAGAGGUACCGUUAUUCUUGGUAUCACAGCAAACGCUUUGGUUGAGGAUGUGUUGCUCAAUCACCGUAGAAGAAGGCACAUACUGGGCAUUUUCAAUGAAGUAGAGUGUGAAAUUGAAAAACUGAGAGACAUGCAUAACCAGGAUGAUGACGUUCCAUUAUGGAGGCAAGAUGAUAUCAGGUUUGCAAAUCAAUUUUCUACAAAGAAAACUUGGUUGUAUAUGAGACUAGCGCAACCAGAAUGUAGAUGGAAUAAGGGAGUUUGGUUUCCUCAAUCAUCUCCCAAAUUCUCCUUCAUGCUAUGGGUGGCUGUUAGAAAUAGAUUGCAAACUUGUGACAGGAUGCUGAGGUGGAGUGCAUUGACAAAUAUGUUGUGUGUGUUAUGCCAAGAAGAACAUGAGACUUGUCAGCACUUAUUUUUCAAAUGUCGGUAUUCUGGUAAAGUAUGGAAGGAGCUAGUAGGAGGGAUAUUGAAGUCAGCGUUUACUCUAGAAUGGUCUGAGAUUCUAGAAGUUGUUUCUCAGCAAAGGUCUAGCUUCACAGCCAUCGAAAUGUAUUUCCUUGGGUAUGCGUUUCAAGCUUUGGUGCAUAGUGUAUGGAGAGAACGUAAUGCUCGAAGGCAUGGUGAGCAACCGCGAGAAGACAAAGUCUUGAUCAAAUGUGUGGAUAAAUUGAUAAGACUGAAGUUGUUAGCAGUUAAGGGGAGGAGUCAAAGAUAUCUUGAAGAGGGUGUAAGCGCAUGGUUUGGAUCAAGAAUUCAAGGCUCUUCUUAG